AUAGCAUUCUCUCUUUUCUGUAACGCAAACUGAUCUCUCGCACUGAUUCUCCCACAUUUUCCUCUCUUGCUUUGGUUGCAAAAGGCCACAUGGUGCGUUUUCCAUCAAAAUACACUUUGUGUAAAUCCUCCCACCCAGCAGCAGCAGCAGCAGCUCAGGUCACCUGGAUGCGGGUAGAAAAACACCUGCUGGUGGAGGACGCACCACUUCACACAGCACUUUUCUUUAUGUUAAGGACCAGUUCGAGCGCGUCCCACACCCAUUUGCUUACAACAAACUGAGCCAGUAUCUGCAGACAUCUGCUACUCUGAGGUCCCCUUUAUUAUUAUUCUCUCAUCGGAUAUGAUCUGGAGACUGGUGGUCCUCGGUGGGUUGUGCGUCCUUCUUCUAGGCGCUGGAGGCAGCAGGACGGUGACUUUCCACCGGAUUCAGCAGCAGCAUGAGAGCCCUGCACGACCCAGGAGGGAUACGACCCCCAACAGACCUGUUCACGGACCCCCCUUCACCUCCUGCAAGACCCCCCUCACACCAGUCGAGCACAGGGUCCUGGAUGACAAUAAGCAUGAGACAGGGUUCAACGGUGAUGAUGGCUCCUAUGUGAUUCUUACAUGGGUGGGCGAUGGUACAGGUGUCGUCCUGGUGCUGUCAACAUUUAGUGCUCCAAUAGAUACUUUCCUAGAAGGCGGCUCUUCGCGACUUUAUCGAAGCACGGAUUAUGCAAAAUCCUUCCAUGACAUUUCCCAUCAGAUCAACAACACCUUCAUAAGGGAGGAGUUUGGAGUCAGUGUUGGACCAGGGAGCUCUGUGAUUCUGACAGCAGACAUCCCGGUGGUGGACAAUGCUGGCGGGAUCAUCUUCACCUCCACGGAUGCCGGCGCGACCUUCAAGUUCAUCAAGCUGCCCUUCCACCUGGAUCAGCCAAUCACGUACCACUUCCUCAACCCUGACUACCUGGUGGCGCUCAGCAUCGAUGGCGGUCUGUGGCUCUCUCUGGACUUUGGUGCCAAGUGGACAAAAGUUCAUGAUGGAGUGCAUUCUUUCUCAUGGGGGGCCGGCAUUAAUUUGUUCUUCAGCUUCAGUCGAACAGACACAGUUGAGGCAGAUGAGAGGGGCAAUUUGGUGCUGAAGAAGACUAAAGAUCUGGGGAAAACCUUCACCACAAUCCACGAGGACAUCUUCAGUUUUGGCUACAUAGGAGCCUUCCUCUUCUUCUCCGUGAUGGAGGAUUCGAGAUCCCCUCGUGUCAUGUAUUUCUCAUCAGACCAAGGAGAUACCUUCAGUCGAGCGCUUCUACCUUCUGCCUCCACCGAGCAGUUCUACUCCAUCCUGGAUGGAGAUGAAGAUAUGCUCUUCAUGCACGUGGACAACCCAGGAGACACCUUCUUUGGAACCAUGUACACAUCAGACGACCGCGGCAUCUUGUUCUCCAAAUCGCUGGAGCGCCACCUGUUUGAUGGGCAGAGGAAGAGCGACUUCACCAACAUAACGUCACUGAGAGGAGUCUACCUCACUAAUAAACUGGACGAGGAUGGCCGUAUAAGAUCUGUCAUGUCCUUUAACAGAGGAGGGAUGUGGAGGCAGCUUAACAAACCUGAGAAUGUGGAAUGUGGAGAAAAAGUCAAAAAUUGCAACCUUCAUAUUCACGGAGAGCACAGCCGCGUCAACCACAUGGUUCCCAUGCUGGCUCUGUCUGAGCCGACUGCUAUCGGUCUGGUUAUCGCUCACGGUACGGUGGGCGACUCUCUGUCGUCGUCGCAGAACCCGGAUGUGUUUGUCUCCUCAGACGGCGGUUAUAACUGGAGGGGGACACUGAGAGGUCCUCACCACUACAGCAUCCUGGACUCUGGGGGUCUCAUUGUGGCUGUGGAGGCCCAUCGGGAAGGACAAGCCAAGACUAUCAAGUUCUCCACGGACGAGGGCCGGUGCUGGAAGUCCUAUAACUUCACCGAGCAGCCCUUAUUCUUCGCGGGCCUGGCGUCCGAGCCGGGGACCAAGGCCAUGAACGUCAGCGUGUGGGGCUUCCGCCCGGAGGACGACGGCCAGCCCAUGUGGGUGGUCGUCACCAUUGACUUCCAGAGCCUCAUCACGAGAGAGUGUAACGACCAGGACUAUGAGGAGUGGUUGGCUCACGCUUCAGAUGGAGGAGACUCGGAGAGGAACGGCUGUCUCUUGGGCGUCAAAGAGACCUACAGGAGGCUAAAGAAGCAGUCUGUGUGCAGAAAUGGACGCAACUUUGUGGUGAGCAAGAAGCAAAGCCCCUGCCCAUGCACCAGAGAAGAUUACUUAUGCGACUACGGUUACUACCGUCAUGUGAACACCUCGGAGUGCGUGAGACAACACAGCGCCGCAAAUAAAACCUUGGAGCUCUGUCUGAACGGAGAGGAGGAUGAGCUGCUGACGGCGGGGUACCGCAAGGUCCCGAGUGAUCAGUGCGAGGGAGGCUUCAGCCCUCUGCUCGCAAUACAGACAGUCAUCAGACCCUGUGGGGUUAAAACCAGCCCUGCUCCACCUGCUAGGUCCUCAUCUCCGGUCACACACUUUGACACACCGCGAGAGAGGCUGGUGUUGAUCCUGGUGUGUGCAGGAGCAGGAGUCAUCGUCCUGGUGGCUAUCGUUUCCGCCGUCUUCGCUGUCAAGAGGGUGGUGUACAGAAACAGUUCACCAGUGUAUCGCUUCUCCAACCUCCGGAUUCAGGAUGAAGAAAACAGCAUCACAGCCGAUCUUGAAAGCGCCACCAGCAGCAAUGGCACGGUCUGCCAGCAGGAAUCAGAUGAUGAUCUUAUUGAAUGACACACAACAACACAUUUCUGUGGAUAUAAUGAAUAUUCAAGAUGAUGGAGACCAGCUGUUCUGAAAAAGACUGCAUUUUGUUGGACUUAUCCCUGAUAUUUUUGAUAUGGGAGCACCCUUCGUGGCAAGUUGUGAGGAUCUGAAAGGACACGGGAAGCAUGAGAAUGUCUUAAUUUAUUGAGCUUGCUUGAUUUCGUUGCUUUGCUUUGCUUACUCCUUGAUUUAUUUGUACAGUUUUUUUUUAUUCUAUUUCAAUUGUACUCUGUGUUGCACCACCUCUUUACUUUCUAUUCAAUGUGAAAACAAACAAGACAAUCCUAAAAAUGUGCAUUUGUUAAAAAAAAUAAAAAAAAUAAAAAAAUAAAAUAAAUA